GUGGAAAAUUUUUCGAGUUUUCUGCUGUUACAUGACAUUAAAAGAUUCAAAGUAUCUGGUUUGUGAAGUUUUAGUUUUUGGUAGAAGUGAUUCAUACUGUUGUGACAACAAGUAAUAACAGUUUUAUUGAACAUGAGUGGAGGAGUUUAUGGAGGAGACGAAGUUGGAGCUCUCGUUUUUGACAUCGGUCAUUAUGCAUUACGAGCCGGGUAUGCUGGAGAGGACUCUCCCAAAGCUCAAAUCCCUUCUGUAGUAGGGGUACUAGAACAGGCUGCGUCUGUUGAAAUGAUGGAUGUAGAUCGAAUUAAGGAAGCAGCACCAGCUUCUGAAAAGAAAUACUUUAUCGACACAGUUGCACUAAACGUUGCCAAGCAAGGCAGACGAAAUUUGGAAAUUGUUGGCUACCUCAAGGAUGGUAUGAUUGAAGAUUGGGAUGUUUUUGAAAAAAUCCUUGACUACACAUAUGCCAAGUGCAUCAAGUCUGAAUCUGAAUUUCAUCCAGUUCUUAUGUCUGAAGCACCGUGGAACACCAGAGCAAAACGAGAAAAAUUAACAGAAAUUAUGUUUGAAAAAUACAAUGUACCAGCAUUUUAUCUUGUGAAAAAUGCAGUUUUAGCUGCAUUUGCUAAUGGAAGAAGCACAGGAAUUGUUGUUGAUAGUGGUUCCACCCAUACAUCAGCUGUUCCAGUCUAUGAUGGAUAUGUCCUCUCUCAAGGAAUUGUUAAGUCUCCACUUGGAGGUGAUUUCCUCACAAUGCAAUGUAAACAACUUCUUGACAGCAAAGACAUAGAAGUGAUACCUCCUUAUAUGAUUGCUGCCAAAGAAGCUGUCAAAGAUUUCGAAAAGCCUAAAUGGACGCGCAAAAGUAAUUUACCAGAAGUCACUAAGUCAUGGCACAAUUACAUGAUGAAGGAAGUUAUAAGAGAUUUUCAAUCCAGUGUACUUCAAGUUGCCGAUGCACCGUAUGAUGAAGAUACGGUUUCAUCGAUCCCGAUGGUCCAUUACGAAUUUCCGAACGGAUAUCACCAGGAUUUCGGCUGCGAACGUUUUAAAAUACCUGAAGCUUUAUUUGAUCCUAGUUCAAUCAAAGGCGUUGGUAACACAAUGCUUGGAGUAGGUCAUGUGGUCACUACUAGUGUCGGCAUGUGCGACAUCGACCUUAGACCGAGCUUGUAUGGAAACGUUAUUGUCACAGGUGGAAAUUCUUUGUUAUUAGGAUUUUCUGAUCGGCUAAACAGAGACUUAUCAGCCAAAACACCACAGAGCAUGAGGCUAAAAAUUAUUAGCGCCAGCGGAUCCGGCGAGCGUAGGUUUGGCGCGUGGAUCGGCGGCUCAAUAUUGGCCUCUUUGGGAUCCUUUCAACAAAUGUGGAUCUCUAAACAAGAAUACGAAGAGGGCGGCAAGACACAAGUGGAGCGUAAAUGUCCCUGAAAUUAGCAGCGUGGUCAUUAUCUGCUGUAUUUGGAGUACACAAACAUGCCCCUUCCCACUGUGUAACUCAUAAUUCAUGAUUAAAUGUAGCCUCACGGAUACGUUGGCAGUCGAUCGCAUGUCGCUAUGAUCUAUCAUCAUAUAAAUUAACAUUUUUCAACAA